GACGUCAACCAGACUCUCUGUGUUCUUCAAUGGAAGUAGCAAGCUCAGCCUCCGAAGAUCAAGCUAUGGUAGUUGAAAAUUAUGACGGUGAGGUUGAGAGAGUGGAGAUGCCUAAACCUACGCUUAAAGUGAGCCAUGAAGCUAAACUUAAAGAGCUGUUGCAUAAGAUUAAUUCUGUCGAAAUUAAAUUAUGCUCUGACGGUACAAAAGAAUUCAUUAAGUUGCUGAAAGGGGAUUCUGGAGGUGAAUUGCUCCAUUAUUAUGUGAAGAAUUCAGCCAAGUGCUUGGAGCUUCUGGCUGCUUGGAAGCUCCGGCGAGGGAAAUCGGGAAUGUUUUGUAUACUUAAAUUAAUUUCUGUUAUUUUGAGUCAUCCUGAUGGAAUAUAUAAACCAAAUGAUGUGGAGAGGAUGGCUAUAAGUAGGGCAUUGGAUAGGUUUGCUCGGUCGCUUAUUGAAGAGCAGUUGCAAGAUGUGUAUAAGGAGUUGAAUAGUAAAGAAGCGAAACGCCAGAAGGCGGCACUUCUGCUUUUGGGUUCGAUUGUGAGGCGUGGGUCUGGUUUGGCUUCCGAGGUUGCAAAGAAUUUUGAUUUCAAACUCCAGGGGUUUUCCAAGAUGGGUGAGUACAAAAAGAAGCAGAACGAGAGAAGAAUGAAGCUGUCAUUGAGAAAGGCGUUUGUGGGGUUUGCAGUGUCAUUUCUGGAGGUGGGAACGCCAGGAUUGCUGAGGUCAGUUAUACGGCAGAAGGAAAUGUACUCUGUUGUCCUUCGCGGGCUUGGGAAUGAUGAUGAUGAGACUGUUUUAUAUGUUUUGUCCACAUUGAGGAACAGGAUUCUUGUUGAAGAGUCAUCAAUUUCCCCAAGUCUUCGAAGUGUUCUCUUUGGGAGUGUUACUUUGGAACAAUUAGUCAACAUUUGUGGAAGGGAGAAUGGUGGCGCAUCUGCAGAAUUGGCAUACAGUGUCUUAGUUAUGGUUUGUACCGAUCCUUGUAAUGGCUUGAUGUCAGAUUUGAAGAGACGCCUGAGGGGUAAUUCAAAGCGACUUGUGGAUCUAAUGAAGAAACUUAAAGCAACUGAGAUUGGGUACCACAGGGAUCUGCUUUUGGCUAUUGUUAAUGGGAGACCGCCUAUUGCUGCAGCAUAUAUGGUAGAGUUCCCCUACAACCUUGAGGACUGUGCAUCGCCUACCUGGUUUUCUGUUGUUACUCUGGCAGCAAACGUGGUUUCUUCAGUGGGGAGUGGGCAUCCUUUUGGUUUCCAUGAUUUUCAGUCUCAUGAUCAAGCCUUGUUGGACAAUGUGGACGUGCAGAGUAUCAUGAAAUGCUUGUAUCCCCGUUCGUUCAGCCGGUCCACAAUCAAUAAGGGACUGCUUCACUCUGAUUUUCUAGUGAAGCACGGAACUUUAAGGGUUCUUUUAGAGGCACUGAAAUUGCUGGACUCCUUCCUUUGUGUUUUAAACCAAAAUGGGAAGUUAUAUGUUUCAGAGUCUUUCAAGCAAGAUUUUCAAAAUGAAGUCCGUACCUUGCUCCCUGAUCCUCAAGUUUUGUUGACUCUACUUUCUUCUCUGAGUAAUCACUCCAAAAAUCAACAGUUAAGCUUAAAGAGGACAACAGAGUUGGAGAAGUUCCCCGAACACAGCCGCAGUAGUGUGAAAAAAAUGAAAACAGAUAUAGAGAACAAGGACGCAGACAUUAUUAUAGGUGGGCUAAAUUUUGAUCCAGAUGUUGCUUUGCCCGAGAUUAGUGAAAGAAUUGUAGGUUCGUCCACAGACGAUGGAUUGGACAAUGAAAAGGAUGCUACAAAUGUUGUGGCGGAAAUUUGGGGUUUGGAUCUUCACUCCACAUCUCUAACGACACUUAAGGAUGCAGAGAUAUACUUCCACUGUAGGCUGCUCGAUGCUUUGAAAAUUUAUCUUCGGAUAAUGCCCACUGUCUUGGAGGGAUCAUUUGAGUUUUUUAUGAAUCUCCUAAGCAGUCCUUCAGCAUCACAAACUGAUCUGCAGCGCUCUCUUUUGUCUUUGCUAGUAGAGUUCGUUGGAUGGUCUCCAAGUAGUAGAAUUCCAAUUAGGACUCCACCACUGAUGUACAAACAUCUUUUGGCAUUCAUGAACUUGCUAGUUUUUUCACAAAUCAGUGACAUAAAGGAUCAAGCAUAUCGUCUUGCGCAAGCGGCUAUGUUAAGUACUGGUGCUUUUGACAGAAACCAACAUGAAAUUGCAUCAUGGUUCUUGUUUUUACCGGGUUUUGAUAGAGAAAAAUCUUCUGUUCAAGUCCUCGGCUUGGAUGUAUUACAGAGCUUGUGUCAUGUUCUCAACUCAUUCUUAUGUGAUGCCAUUUCUACUACUGGGAAUAAUUUGUUCAAAUACUGGGAGAUUGUUAAGCGUUAUACCUGCCCUUUGGAAAUAAAUAAAGAAGCGAAACCUCAUUUCAGUCCUCUCAGCAUAUGUGUGCUGCAGAAGUGUCUAAGGUUGAUCGUUUCUGGAUCUGGAUCCUUUACAAUGCAUGAGAAGUCAAUGGUAUCAACAUAUGUAUGCAGCACGCUGAAAUAUCUCUUGCAAACUCAGGUUGAUGCAGUAUUGUUGUCUUCUUUGAUCUGUUCAGUCUUCGCUGAGAGGCUUGGUGACUGUUCUGUCAUUAAUGAUUCUGGGGUAAACAUCUGUGAGUGGAGGCCUUUAAACGAUUUACUUCUCUUUUCGAAGAGUAUAUCUGAUCAGAAAACUUGUGGUAUUUUUUCUAUUCCCAAUAAGGCUAUGCCUGAUGGUAGUUCUUUAGCAACUGCACUUGAGGAAGUUAAAAGAUUUGAAAAGAGUAGGGAUGAUAGUGAAGUAGCUGGAAUCACCAAAGCCUUUUCUUUCUCAAUUCUCUGUACUAUGUCUGAUGGAAUAUUAAAAUAUUUUCCAUCCGUUAUGAUCAUUUCACAAUUUGUUCUGGGUGUUCCUGUCUCUCUCUUAUCAUCGAGAUUCUUUCUUGAACAAACCCUUCUAGGCAGUGUUUCCAAGUUGUGGCCAGAAAUUUUUUUUCCUGCUCUGGAUAUGGCUCUAUCCAAUAGUUGUUGCAGAGGUAGAAACAAUUUUUCUCUUGACCCUGCUUCUUAUGCAGGAGAAAUGAUAUAUAACCAAGAUGUUGAUGCAGAUGAAGCUGCUUCUGCUGCGUUUAGCUUCUUUUUGAAGAAGGCACCUUUCCAUGUUCUAUUCCCUGCCAUUAUGAGCAUUCAUGGUCCUUCAUCAGAGCCCUCAAAGAUACAAGACUUGCUUCUAGCUAAACUAUCUGAGUGCGCAACUGAUGGCCACCCUAUUUCCUAUUUGCGUCUUGUGCUAUUUUGGCUUUAUCAGAUACGGUCAUCUCAUAGAAUUGAACAAUUAGUCAACUUCCAGCAACUGUCUGAGAUUUGUUUAGUUCUUGUGGAUAGUUUGUUAUCUCAAUUAUUGGUUUUGAAUACUGAUUCUGGUUCUUCUAAAAAUUCCUGGGCUCUUUUGUCAAGCCAAGAUAUUCAAGAAGUGGCUGAAACCAUCUUCUCUCAUCCUGCAAUGAUAACAUCAUUUUCCUGUCCUUUGGGAUGUAGUGAGGACUUGCCAAAGAGUAACCUAGCAGAAAAUACAGAUGCUUUGAUUGGUUUAUCCAGGCGGAGAAUUCAUAUAUUAGAUCGGCAUGGCUUGGAUAUAUUGGCAACAACUUGUGACUACUUUUUUUCUUUAUGCAAUGACCACCAAUUUACACCAGAAGUUGAAAAUGGUGCUGGUAAACAAUUUGUGAAAGCUUUUAACAUCUUGCUGCAGAAGCUACUUCAGGUAGUCAGGGACAAAUUUGAUCAAUGCAUUAGUGCUAAAGAUCUAAUGCCUUUCCUGCCAACAUAUUAUGCUUUACAUGCUUUGAUUCGUUUUAUAUCUCCUUUCGAGCUUCUUGAAUUGGUGCGAUGGAUGUUUAGUAGAGUUGACAUGGAUGACAACCAGAAAUCUGCUAUUUCUUUCGGGUCUUGCAUUGCUGGUGGUGCUUUCAGAAAUCUGUCUAGUUAUUUGCAGCAACCAAAUACAAAGAGAAAAUCAUAUGAUUUGUUUUGGAAAAUGGAAGAGACCAGUAUCAACUCUGACAUUUUUGAGGAAAUCUACAGUAAAGUAUGUAAGUUUUCUUUGCAUUUUAAAGCAGAAGUUGUGGAUGUAUGCUUGCUGGAGGCUAUAAACGCCGUUUGCAGACACAAAUACAUGCAGCAAUGUAAUCUUCAUCCAUUACAUAUAGUAUUGUCGAGAGUUAUAGCAACCACUCCUGUAGAAAUGCUUUCCCAUUGCAUUUACAGAACAAGCAAGAAGAAAGCUAGAUUUUUGUCUCUUCUUACUGAUAUGAGCUCCAUGCAUUUGUCUACCUUUGGGCACCUAUUUUUGGGUAUUCUGAACAAAGAUUUUCUACAUGAAGGCAAUGUGAUAGAAGAGACUUGUGUCCCUGCUUUUUCAGAUGAGCACUAUUUGAUGCUUUUGCCUGCUGCUUUGUCUUACUUGAAUUCCGUUUCCAUGAAAUUUGGAAGGCUGUGUUACAAGCAUUUUAGAAAUAUACCUGUUUUUUAUUCAAAGAUUCUUUUGAAUGGUUUCCAACAUUGGAAUACUUUUGUGUCUAGAGAUGUGUUUCAGGAAGAAUUUGGAGAGUUUUUGCCAUCGUCUGCUCCAGAACUUCUCUGUCUCAUUGAUGAUAGUCUUCUUGGAAAAGCAAUUUGUAUGUUGCGUUAUCACUUUAGUUUGAAUGAAGAUUCAACGAAAUUGAAGAAGCGAUUAAAGCUUUUUAAUUCCAUUUUCCCACCUUCUUCGGAACACAAUGAGCUGAUAGACUGUGAUGUUGGUGGAUUGGGUUCUCAAUCACUCAAUGAAUCAUUAAACCUUGUAAAUAAAAUUUUCGCAAAGAUAUCAUUUUGUAAAAUUUUGUUAUUCCCAAAAUGUAAUCAGUCAGAUGAAGCAGGCAGGGACUUGAAAGACAUUUCUUUGGACAAUGGAUCAAAUAAAGAGGACUCAUCAAGAAUGCAAUUUUUAAACAUAUUGGUGGGUAUCUGGCAAUGGAUUGUUAAAAGAGUCUCUUCAGUUUCUGAUAGUUCUCGAAAGGAAACAAUCACAGAUAGUUCUUCACUAUGGAGAUGCUUGGAAGUUCUCAUAUUGACAAGCAUUCUUGAACUGACCAGAGAGAUUUCUGAUGGUCUUACCCAAUUACAAUCUAUCCCCUUCCUAGAGCAAUUGAUGAAAUCAGCUCUUCUAUAUAGGUUUGAAGAUCCAACAACUUUGAAAACCGUGCGAGAUCUCCUAACUUUUCUGUCAGAGGGAAAAUUUUCACGUGUUCCCUAUCUUCAGCUUCUACUUGCCCACUCUCAGUUUGCGCCUACUAUUCGUUCUGUCUACAAAUCAUCUGAUUGUUCUAUUGUUGGGGCAUUUUCCAGGCCUAUGUCUGGCAUUCUGAGAUCACUUGUUUUCCCUUCCACAAACAAAAAUGUAAUUGAUGGCAAGUGCAAUCUGGAAACAACUGACUUGUAUGUAAAACAGUUGGAGGUUAUUAAAUUACUUCGAAUACUCUUUCCAAUAAAGGUUCAUCAGUAUGAUUUUGACUUUGCAAAAGAUUUAGGCAUAAAUCUCAGAGAGCUGCAUUUACUUCUCUUGUCUUCUUAUGGCUCAACACUCAGUGAAAUUGAUGUGGAGAUAUAUAAUUUGAUGCGCACAAUUGAGUCUAUUGAUGAUAUAGAGCCUGUCAAUUUUGCUGGAAUGGAUCACCUGUGGGGCAAUGCGGUGUUAAAGAUAGAAAAGGAACGGACUCUGGCACAGAAUUUGUCUUAUGAUAGCAUGACUGAUACUGAAGCAGUAAAAGAACGCCGUAGAAGUCAAUUUAGAGAAAAUCUUGUCAUUGACCCCAAAAUAUGUGCGUCCACGGUGCUAUAUUUUCCAUAUGAUAGAGUGACAUCUGAGGAACUAUUAUCCUUGAACAAGUUUCAAAAGGAUAAUUUUGAUGAUAUGCAUGUGUUGCAUUCCCCUGAUGUUGAAAACGUAGAACGAUAUAAUCCUGUUUUCAUCUUGCGCUUCUCUAUUCAUAGCCUUGCAGAGGGUUAUAUUGAACCCUUGGAAUUCGCUGGUUUAGGCUUGCUUGGUAUUGCAUUUAUGAGUAUGUCAUCACCUGACGAUAGGAUAAGAAGAUUGGGUUAUGAUUCUCUUGGAAGAUUUAAGAAUGCUUUGGAGAAAUGUCCAAAGAGGAAGGGUAUCAGGCAAAUUCAACUUCUGUUAACUUAUGUGCAAAAUGCUAUAGAAGAACCGUGGCAGAGGAUCCCUUCUGUAAAUGCUAUUUUUGCUGCAGAGACAUCCCUCAUACUAUUAGAUCCUUCACAUGAUCAUUAUGCAGCUUUAAGUAAGCUUUUGAUGAGAUCGUCCAGGAUGAAUGUGAAGAAUAUACUUUUCUUUAGCAAUUUUUUUUGGAGUUCCUCUAUCAAUUUCAAAGCAGAAAGGUUGUGGAUACUUCGCUUAGUAUAUGCAGGGCUGAAUUUUGAGGAUGAUGCUAAAAUCUAUAUGAAGAACUCCAUUCUUGAGACUCUGAUGAGUUUCUAUGUUUCUCCAAUCUCGGAUGAUGAAUCCAAGGAACUAAUUCUUCAGGUAGUGAAGAAGGCAGUUAAAUUACAUAAGAUGGCACGUUAUCUGGUGGAACAAUGUGGUCUUUUUUCGUGGUUAUCAUCUGUGCUCUCAAUAUUGAGUGAAAGUCAUUUCAGAGAUGAAAAAAGUUUGUUCUUGUUGCAGUUGGGUGUGGUAUCCGAGGUUGUCAAUGAUGUUAUUUCUUCCAGAAACAUGACUGAGUGGUUGCAAAAAUAUGCUCUUGAGCAGCUCAUGGAACUUACAUCUCAUCUCUAUAAAUUUCUUGUCAGUUAUAUGGCUUUGAUAAAGCAAAAAGUUGCCGUUGUCAAUCCAAUUCUGGGAAUAAUAAUAUCAACACUCAAGAUAUCCCAAAAGAGGAGGAUAUAUCAGCCACAUUUUAUUCUAUCAAUUGAGGGUUCAUAUAACAUAUAUAAGGCUGUUAAGAUAUGUGACAAUACAAGAUCUUGCGCUACGGCGGAGCUUGGCCUUCAUGCUAUACUUAUGAGUGCACCUCCAGUGGCCAUAUUUUGUUUGAGUCGUGAAAAGCUUUCAAGUUUUAUUAUGUGGGCAAUUUCUGCUGCUGUGGAAGUAGAGUCUGCGAAGAUGCUUCAGCACAAAGAAUCUCACCAAUGUUUUGCUAUUAUUCCAGAGGAAGAGCUGCAAGAAAAUUCUUUGAUAUCAAAACUUUUACGUUGGCUAACUGCGUCUGUAAUUCUUGGGAAGCUUGAUUGGAAAUCAAAUUAUCUGGACCCAGAGUUUCCAAAAAUGUUAAAUAUAAAAACUUUGCAGUCUUUAAUGGAUCAUGUUGAAAGUGCAUGCAGAGAAAACAGCAAAAACAGUUAUGGUUGUGAGGAGAUUUUAGCUUCUGCAAUUCUCUACCUCCAACAGCUUGCUGGCACAAAUUACAAACUGCUACCAUCAGUCACAACUGCCCUUAGUCUUCUCCUUUCCGAUGCCUCCAUUUUUGCAGGGUUCUUACGUAAUAAUGGGAGUGUUGUGAAAUCACUCUGGUCGAAGAUAGGUUUCCCUGCUGAAGCUAAUCCUGCUUGGAGAUGGUCAUUUUACCAGCCAUGGAAGGAUCUUACAUUGGAACUAACUGGCUCACAAAAGAUGGAGGAACUCCAUGCCUGUCAAUCUCUUUUAGUUAUUAUUUCAAAUGUGCUUGGAAAAGGACCAUCAGAAUUGCAGGUUUCAUCAACACAAGAAGUAGAUAGAUUGGGUGUAUUUGAAUGGGAAAGAAGUAUUGCAGAGACUCAGUCAUGCCAAGAAAAGGCUGCUAGAUCCCAGACUUUCUUGCUCAGGACCCCUGGACGCAGAACUUUGGGCUUGAGGCUUCCAUAGAAAAAAGGGAUUUAGAUAUUAAUUUUUGAAGUUGACUCUGCCCUUACUAUGAGUUUUGUUAAGGGUUUCUGUUAAAUCCAAUAACCCUUGGCAUUAUUUAUGAAUGUAGAAGCCUUUUGUAUAGUAGUUGGAGUUGAGUUGUUCCAUGUCCGUAGAGAAAAAUAACUUGGGUGCUAAUUUUUUGUACGAGAAAAACUCUACUGCACUGGGUAUAUUUCUCCUCUCUCUCUCUCUCUCUC